GUUUAAGACUGACUAUACCAUUAGCAAGAGUUGUUUCGGAAAGAGAAAAUAGAUCGUUACUUACAGUAUAACUGAUUAGGAAAGAGUCCGUUGGAAUUAUAUUAUACAAAACUGCACAUGAGAACGUUUUACCUGAUAAUAAAUCAAACGAAAGUGAGUUACUAAAACGUAAUGAGAGAAGUUUAAACUGAAUUGAGGGAAGUAGUGUUAACUGUCGAAAUAUAAUGCAAUAACAGGAAUAGUUUUCAGUGUUAAAAGUCUCAAUAUUCUUAUUUGUUAUGAAAAAGCUUCGGUCUGAAUACCUUGUAUUCCUAAAUAUAAAAAUAAAGCAACAAUGUCAACCAUUUAAGCUAAAUCAGACGUGUUUGCUUAUUUGAAAAUUUGGAUAUCGAGAUAAAAACUCUUCUUCAUCAACAACAGAAAAUACCUAAAUCAAGCUUAUUGAGUGAUUUGUGGAAUAUUUCAAAGGUUUGAGAUAAGUCAGGAAUACCUUCUGUUGUGAAUAGCAGCGCAGACAGCAGUUUACAUUACAGAACGGGUACUUACUGUACAGUUGGCUGUUCAUUCUACAGUAUUGGAUGAAUUCCUGGGUUCAGUCAAAAUUGCGACAGUCCAUGGGUUAGAGAAAACAAUGUUGAGAAGGAGACUACCCGUUAGACACGGGGAAAACAUGAGAUAGUAGUGCAUUUUCAUCAUGAGACCUCGAUACAGCUGCUGGAUACUGGUUCUCUCCGUGCUGCUGCUGCUGGAGCGCCCCUCCCCGUCUGUCGGCCAGUUUGCCGCCUCCACUUCCACCGACGCUCCUCCGCCACCCCUGACCGAGGAGCAGAAGAGGCGCGUCAAAGACGCCCUGGAAUCCAGUCUCCUCACAAUGUUCGGAUUUUCUCGACGCCCGCAGCCGCGUGGCGACCACGUGGUCAUCCCCCAAUACAUGAUCGACCUGUACCGUCAAACCUCUGGCGACCUUACGACAGACAUCCCCUCCGUGUUUGAGAGGCGGGAGGGAGCCGUCCGAUCCAAUACCAUUAGGAGCUUCUUCCAUGAAGAUGUUCUUCAUGAGAAGGGCUGCGGACAGGCGACAUGUGCCCGCUUGUGGUUCAACGUGAGCUCGAUCCCGACUGCCGAAACGCUUGCAGACUCCGAACUGCGAAUCUACAUUGAACGGAACCACACGCACGAGGCGGCCGCUGAUAAAGUAUUAAAACACAAACUGCAAGUGUUCGAAAUCAUGAAGCCAGUAUCAAAAGGUGUUGUUGCAUCUAUAAGUCGUUUAAUAGACGUUCAGGAUAUAGUAAUACAAAAUUCCUCUUGGAUUACUUUAGACGUUCAACCAGCUGUGUUAAAAUGGAAAAAUAAGCCACGGACAAACCACGGUUUAGAAAUCCGUGUAGUGCCAAGUAAAAACUCGUUAUCUCCGUUAAAACACGUACGGUUACGGAGGUCGGCGGAAACUGCGGAGAGUGAGUGGAAUAUUCAAAGACCACUUUUAGUAACCUAUACUGAUGACGGAAGGGCGUCAGUAUCUCGGACUAAAAGAUCUGCGGAGGAUGAAGAGACCACUGGUUCUAGUGAUAUUAAAGACAGUGAAACUACGACACAACCUAGUAAGCCUAAAAAGAAGAAAGGCCGAAAAUGUCCAAAAGGGGACGCCGGAAAAGAGUGUCGUAAACAGCGAAAAAAGGAGCGGCGGAGGCGGAAAAAGGAGAAAAAGAGGAAAAAGAAGGAAAAGAAACGCAAGGACAAGAGUGACAUAAAAAACCCAGAAGGGAAGGAGGUGCAGGGACACAAGGGGUUGUGUCAAAGGAAAAACUUAUAUGUUGAUUUUAAUGACGUAGGUUGGAAUGACUGGAUUGUAGCUCCCUUAGGAUAUUAUGCUUACUAUUGUGAUGGCAGCUGCCCGUUUCCAUUUAGUGACAAUUUAAACGCAACCAACCACGCAAUUGUGCAGACGUUGGCACGGCAGGUGGAUAUCCGGGCGGCACCCACACCGUGUUGUGUACCUACGUCACUUAGUUCGAUAUCUAUGCUGUACCUGGACGAGUUUAGUAAAGUGAUCCUUAAACAAUAUGACGAUAUGGUAGUUGAGGGCUGUGGGUGCCGAUAAUCCCCACCCCACAAGACCACCUGUCUCUCCUUAUAAGUGUGCUUCCAGUCAAAAAACAUGAACGGGUCAAAGGUAACGUGUAUGUGUACCUGAGGUUUAAUUGUCGUAAUUGUGCUAUAUAAAGAUAUAUAGAUAUAGAUAUAUAUAUAUAUAUAUAUAUAUAUCGUUACUGUAAACGGUUAAAACUGUCGAGACCUAUAUGUGUUCUGAAAUGAUUACCAUUUAACGUAAACAGGACGCUAUACUGAACAAAAAAACUAGAGACGUUUUUUGUUGUCAUGGAAACGAGAAAGUCAGUGAGUGACGUCAUAACCGCUUUACAAAGUGCUUGUUGUUAUUGUUUAGAAAUUGUUAAAUAUAUGGUAGCUCUCCGUUAAUAAUUGUAUAGUGUACAUAUAUAUUUUUUAUUUCAUUUAAACGUUUGACGACAUGUCUAUUUAUACUGUUGAAGCUGUUCAUUGUAUUUGUAAAUAUAAUUGUUAUUUUAUUAUACUUUGACAUUGUGAAGUCGUCCAUGAACAUCAUCAAAUCAACCUUUGUAGUAAAUUAAAUGAGAAAAAACAACAGAAAACUCUAAUAAAGAUGAA